AUGUCGGGGAUGAACAGUGAGCAACUGCAUCGCUCAACCUUGGGGAUUUACUCAGGCUUGAUGAAUGAGUUCAACCCAAGCCUACAGAAACUCGUUUCACUGGGAAACAGUUACGUCCGAGCUUUCCAGGCUCUUGCUGUAACAAGUGAGGCCUACUUCAGUGCACUUUCAAACAUUGGCAAGAAGGCUAUCCACACCGUCUCCUCACGCUCCAUAGGAGAUGUUCUGAUUCAGAUCUGUGAAAGUCAACACAGACUCACCAUGGAGUUGGAGGGAGUAUUCCGCUGGUUCAGCGUGGAAGUUCUUCAGGAGAUGGACAAUAACAUUAUGCUGGACGUUGAUUACAUAUCAGGCAGCUGGAAUCAUUUUGAAAUGGAAGUCCAAAACCAGGCAGCAGCUCGGGAUAGACAGCUAUGGAGAGGAAAUAAUCAGGAUUGUAGUGAAUAUGUGCAGUUCCUCAGGAAGAGCCAUGGUGAUGCUAUGAAAGAAGAGGAGAGGCGAUAUCGCUUCUUGGCUGAGAAACACUGUGGUCUGAUACAGUCCAUCACCAGCCUCAUGAACAAGACAGGGGUCUCUCUCCAGCAGAGAGCGGAUGCCUGGUCAGAGGACGUGGAUGCCACCAGAAGACGUGAGGCCAGACAGUCCAUCGCAGUGGACAGCACUAGGGGGAUGAAAGAGGAGGAGAUGAGGAGGAAUAAAGAAGAGCAGACCCUCGGCCGCAUACCAUCAAGGGCCCCAUCUCCGUAUGGGAACAUGUCUCGCUCUGGAGAGUCAGCGGGAGGUGGUGGUGGUGGUGGUGGUGCUACUGGAGGAAAAUCCAUGAGGGCCCGUGUGGCCCACCAGCCUGGUGGCUCCUAUCCCACCUUGCUGCCUUUCAACAAGGGAGAGAUGAUCACUUUGCUGGCCCAACAGCCCAAGAACGGCUGGCUGUUUGGACGUGCCGACAGCAGUUCACGUCAGGGAUGGUUCCCAGCUUCCUAUGUGGAAGCAGUGGAGGAUCCACAAAUGUCACCUAGCUUCAGUAGUUCCACUCUCCGAAGCAGCAGCAGCAUGAGCAGCCUGUACCAACCAGGAGGCAGCAGCAACAACGGAGGCCCACCCCCACCGCCUCCACCGCCGCCGCCGCCAUCUCAAUCUUCAAAGAGAUCACAAUCGCAUGAAUCAAAACCAGAACUCUUCCCGAGGGGCACCAACCCAUUUGCAACAGUUAAGCUGAAGCCCACGUCGACCAAUGACAGAUCAGGCCCACGUCUAUAUCGCUGA